AUGAUGGCGCUAGAGCAACGCAUCGCCUCGCAGCCAGACGGCAACGAGUUGUGUAUGCGGGAGCAGGAGGCGCGCCGCGCCGCCGCGCUGCGAAAGAAGGGAGAGGCUGAAUUUGAGGCGCGGUUCCUCCGAGGCCCGAUAUCUCCUACCGACAACUCAGUAGUAACAACGCCAGCUGCAGCGGAUGACGACGACGGAUGUUUCUUUCCACUGGCAGACGUCGCAUGCCUUCUGCCAAGCGAAGCAGAGGUCACAGUGCAGCUGCCAUCGCGCCCUUUCAGCCUGCGCCCCAUUGCUGACGUGAAUGCUUCUUGUACUGAUAUGGAUGAUGGUUGCGAUGGUAAUGAUGACGAUGACGGCGCUGAUGGUGGCACCAGUAUUAGUGGUUGUAAUGUUGAUGAUGGGCAUGACGAUGCAGCGUCGAGGGCGGAGAGCGAGCCUCCCACCGCCGCAUCUCUCGUGCCGCAGCCGACACCGCUGCCGCCACGCAGACUGCAGGCGGUGGAAAUAUUCUUGCCAGUCGAGGAAGCGCUGACGACGACAACAACAGUCGCGGCAGCAGUAUCAACAACACCAACUGCUACCACCACUGCCACAAACACCACAAGCGCAACUUCUUGCGGCAGUGUUGAUGCACCAGGGCUUGAGCGGCACCACGAGCAGUUUCUCCGCAAUCUUAAGGCGCUGCAGGAAAAGUUGGCGAGAGCCGCCGGCAACGCGGAUGUCAACAACACCAUAGAGAGCUCCGCGUGCCACGCCAACGUGAGCGUCAGCUCGAUGAGUUCCGGCUUCACGCCAUCGCGCCGCCCAACGGAUGAGGGGGCGCAGGAGGAGGAGGAGGAGGAGGAAGAGACAGGCACUUCGGAGGUCGACACGAGCGGCAGCAGCGGGACGACGUCACUCUCAUCGGUGUAUUCUCGCCCGUACCCCACCAUGACGGCGGAACAGCUGCGGGCUGCUCUGCUCCGGAUGAAGAUGCGCAUGCGAUCAGCCUAG